AUGGAGAGGCUGGUGGAGGAGCUGCAAAAACCAGACCAGGGGCCGACACCUCCACAGCAAUAUGUCCCGACUGCCAGUGAGGCGGCAAAGGCAAGUGCCCCAAAUGCCUCGCCCAUGGCGACGACGUCGUCAAACAACCCAUCGCCCCUGUCAAGGCGGAAGGCUAGCAGCGCAAGCCCGUCUUCUGGAAACCCUGACACCUACCCGUCGCCGCCGUCAGCUACCUCGUCGGCCUCGACCGGGGCAAGGCCGUAUUACGCCGGUGCCCCUGACGAAAGUACGGUUAUCGCAGCAGGUACUCAAAUCGAGCUUCUUAUUGGGGAUUCGAGGUUCAGUAAUGCCUUGAAAGCUAUGCAACCAAAGGUCGUAGAUGGCUAUGUACAGCCGUAUCUUGAGCAUGCCGACACCAACCAUCCUCUGCCUCCAAAUCAUGUCAUUAUGGACUGUGUCAAUGAUUAUUUCGUGACCAUGAACGCUGGCAUACGACUAUUCCAAGAGCACGAGGUACGAGCAGCUCUACGGUCCUACUUCCAGGGCCAGCCGCCGGCGGAUCCAGGUUGGCGCAUGGCCGUCAACGUCAUCAUCGCCCAUACCUUGCGCAAGAGGAAUGGCAUGCGGAAUAGAGAAGAGUAUCAAAAGUACAUUCACAAUGCGCUGGGAAUGGUACCCAAUAUUAUCUUGCGCACACCAUCGGCUCUGGCGAUUGGGGCGUUACUAUCAACAGUCCUUUACUUCAGCUUCACCUCCGAAAACCAUAUUGCGCUCACCCUCAUGGGCCUCACAGUCCAGCUCCUCUUGAUGGCAGGUUACCAUCGGCCAGAGCCGGACAUGGCUUUUGCGCGCCCUCAGCAGCUCAUUCCUACAGAGCACCUUCACCGCCGCCGCCUCUUCUGGCACGCGUACGUGAUUGACCACGACCUCAUGCUACGGAUCGGAAAACCUGCCCUCAUUAGCGAUGACUUCCUCCUGGACCUCCCCGAAGAGCAUCCGUCCGAUGGAUACAGCAUGUACUACUACCCCAACGACGUGACGCUCAACUUCUUCCUCGAACAAGUCCGCCUCGCCCAAAUCCAGGGCCGCAUCUCCACGACGUUAUACUCCCGUAGCGGCGUUCCUGCGGCAGAGCUCGAGGCCGAGAUCCGCCGGCUCGAUAACGAGCUGACGGAAUGGCGUCAAAGUAUCCCGCCAAUGAUCCGCGCCGACAACGUCGAUGCCCUACUUGACGGCGAUUACUCUAGGCUGGUGUGCCUGACGACGUUGCACUUCACCUAUUUCCAACUUGUUGUCGCAAUCCAUUCUGCUGCCUUUAGGCUGCCCACAUUGGAGGACCAGGAGGGGGUAGAGUCUGGGGAUAUAGGCCCCAGUCUGGCGCUGUACCUCCUCUAUCAAAUUGCGUGGAGCGUCGACAUUUUGUUCGUCAACAUUCUCCAGAACAAAAACAACCCCCGAGCUCGUCGUGAUCUCGACCUAAUCCGGACCGUCAUCUCCUUCUUUGAAAAGUACGACCCGUACCACCAGACCGUCGUCUCGUACCAAGUCAUCAAGGUGAUCGCCGACGUUGCGGCCACGGUCCUCGCAAACACCCCAACCCUGCCACCGCACAUGCUCCCCGUUGGCCCGGCCGCCACUCAGCAAGUGUCACUUCCGGGCCUGACUAUGCCAAUGAUGCCCGGCUCCGCGGGUGCGAUGCAGGCAGCUUUCUCUCCCCAGGUGUCCGGACCAGGAACGACCCGCAGCGGUAGCAUAAACGGAAGCACGCCCGAUGUCCUAGGUUCCAUGACGAGCCUUUCCAUGGCAGACCAGCAACAACAGCAACAGCAACCGUCGCCAUUCAUGGAUUUGUCGGCAGGACUAGCACCGCCCAACGACGGUCAGCUCUUCCCCGGAUUUAUGGAUAUGGCCGACUGGAGGCUACCGAUGGAUUACCAGCCAGAGCUGUGGCAAUAUGAUAACCUCCUAGACAACCGCUUUCCCAACCAAAAUUAA